CACAGAGCACAGAAGUGAGGGUUCUCCCCAGCACACACACUGUGACAGAGCAGCUCCUCAGGCCUCCAAGAUGCCCGGCCCUGCCUCCCGGAUCCACCGCCCUCCUCCUUGCCUGCUGCUGACUCUGCUGCUGGGACUCACAGGAGCAGCAGGUGAGGAGCUGCAGGUGAAUCAGCCUGACAAGUCAGUGUCGGUCGCAGCUGGAGAGACGGCCACUCUGCGCUGCACUAUGACCUCCCUGAACCCCGAGGGGCCCGUCAAGUGGUUCAGGGGGAAAGGGCCAGGCCGGAAGUUAAUCUACAAUUUCAAAGGAGGCCACUUCCCCCGAGUGACAACUGUUUCAGACCACACAAAGAAAAACAACAGGAACUUUUCCAUCCGCAUCAGAAACAUCACCCCAGCAGACACUGGUAUCUACUACUGUGUGAAGUUCCAGAAAGGGAAACUUGACAAGGAUUUUAAGUCUGGACCAGGCACCCAGCUCACCGUGAGAGAAAUGCCAGCUGCCCCCGUGCUUUCAGGCCCCACGGAGAGGGCCCUGCCCAAGCAGACAGGGAGCUUCACCUGCGAGUCCCACGGCUUCUCCCCCAGAAACAUCACCCUGAAAUGGUUCAAAAAUGGCAAUGAGCUCCCAGCCUCCCAGACCAAUGUAGACCCAAAAGGAGACAGUGUGUCCUACAGCGUCUCCAGCACAGCCCAGGUGGUGCUGGCCCUGGGGGAUGUUUGCUCCUAGGUCAUCUGGGAGGUGGCCCACAUCACCCUGCAGGGGGCCCCUCCUCUUCGUGGGACGGCCAACUUGUCUGAGACCAUCCGAGUUCCGCCCACCUUGGAGGUUUCCCAACAUCCCAUGGCAGGGAACCUGGUGAACGUCACCUGCCAGGCGAACAAGUUCUACCCUCCGCGCCUAAAGCUGACCUGGUUGGAGAAUGGAAACGUGACCCGAACAGAAACAGCCUCAACCCUCAUAGAGAACAAGGAUGGGACGUUUAACUGGACAAGCUGGCUGCUGGUGAACUCAUCUACCCACAGGGAGGAUGUGGUGCUCACCUGCCAGGUGGAGCGUGACGGACAGCCGGCGAUCAGCAAACAGCAUACGCUGAAGGCCUCUGCCCACCAGAAGGAGCAGGACACAGGUAGAACCCCUGGCCGAGAGCUGUCUACUACCCCUCUGGUUGUCUUCCUCCUAGGCACAAAGGUGCUGCUGGCCAUCGGUCUCUUUGCCUUCUAUGUCCACAGGAAGCGGAGGGCCUGACUGUAAGUUGUGGGGCAGGGAGGGCAGGACAAGGUCUGUCCCAUAAAGGGGAAAAUCAGUAAGAGGGGCCAGCUCACAGGUCACACAGAGUCAGGGCCCACGUGGAAUGAGGAGAAGGGGAUACAUCUCCCUCAAUACCCUCAGGAGUAUCGUGGAUCCUCUAAGAGGUUCUCAAUCCCAGGAACUGUGUGGGGUCCUGUAGGAGGUGGGCUGGAUCAAGAGUUUUCAGAGUGUCCACAGAGUCCUAGAGGUUUUGUGGUAGAAGUGGGAAGGGAGAGGCUGAAUGAGGGGCAGCUGAGUGGGUGGCUCCUGUGGAGACCGUCUCUAAGUUGUUAGAACAUUGGGGCUCCAGGGGCAAAGAAUCCACAUUUUAGAGCAAUGUUGACAAGUCCCGGAUCUGCUGCUCUGAGAUCUGUUCCUGCUCUAACCUUCUGAGUGACAGAGUGGAAGGGAUGGGGAAGGGUACCAGGCCUUGGGGAGGAAGGCUGAGGUGGCAGAGUCCUUUUCAAUGGCUGCCUGUCCUCUCAUAACAGGCAUCCCAGGAGAAUAGCACCGGGGACAGAGGAGGCACGCAGGGAAGACUUCCGUAAUGAUGAGCAGAUAAUGAAAUGUGGACAUGUUUCCCACAGCUCCUUCUUUCCUCUCCUGCUACAUACCACCCUCAGUCUCUGUUGCCUCCUUCCUUCCCUGGGGCCCAGCCUAGUAGAAGGAGCCGACUAGAAGCUUCCACGACUCUGCUCCACAUGCCUCCCCUCCCUGGAGACCUGCCUGCUCACACUCUCCUGCUGUUCCUUCCCACAGUCCGCGAUGCCCCCAGAGCUGGGUCUUCAUACAUGGUCCUGAGCAGUGGCCAUGGGAACUAGCUCUGGGGACUGGCUCCUCAUCUCCCUACAAUGUGAGAAACAAGUCCAAUCUACCCAUAUCAGGAUAGCUCUCAUCCAUCGCCUUGGGACUUGCGCAUGAAGCACCUUAUUCCAUGCAUCCAGAGUUCUUCUGUCUUCUGGGCUCCGGUCUAUCCUCGACUUCACAACCUUAUUGAGGUUCUCUAUCGCCUCUUGAGGUCAAGUGAACCCCCAUCCUGAUGUGAAGAAUAAAAAUUUAUUCUCUUUCUUCUUUCCCUAAAUGUCCUUUCCUCAAACCCAAAAAGAAGUUUUCCCUCCUCUCUCUGUGAUGUGAACUCUUAAAUUCUUCUAUCAUCUUGCAUCCUUCCCAAU